AUGACGGAUACCGAAGCUUACCCUACACCCAGAGCCAUCCCCGGCCAGUGGAUUGUGAGGCUCAAGCCUUUUGCUUCUGAGAGUACGAAGACUCAACACCUUUCAUCCGUGAACAUUCGCGCCGCAGAUGCAACACCCUUCCACGUUCACGUUCAUCGUGAGUUCAACCUUGACGAGGCCCGGGGAUACUCGGCCUCGUUCGAUGAAGCCACCAAGGAGCAGCUGGAGCAGCUGCCCGAGGUUGCCUCAGUGGAGCCAGUCUUACUCUACAAGCACUGCGCCAUCUCAUCCGUUACCAAGCGAGUUCCCUGGGGCCUCGCUCGUCUGUCCAGCGAUGGGAAGGUCCCUGAGACAGGACCCUACACGUACAAGUACAACGACGCCGCCGCCGGGCACGGCGUUGUGGCAUAUGUGCUUGACACUGGCAUCAAUGACAAGCAUGAGCAAUUUGAAUGCCGCGCGACCAAAGGGCGUAAGUUCGUGACGGAGCCUUAUCCAGACUUAGUCACCAGCGACGACGACAAACAGGGACACGGCACGCACUGCGCGGGCACCAUCGGCGCCAAGGACUACGGCGUCGCAAAGAAGGUCGACAUCGUCGGCAUCAAGGUCUUUAACGACCUCCCGGAUACUGAUGAGAGGGCCGGUGCAACAAAUGCCGAUAUCAUGGCCGCCAUUCAGUACGUCGUGCAACAAUACAAAGAGCAUGGUAAACCGUCCGUCAUCAACCUCAGUCUCGGAGGCCCUCUAUAUGAGCCCCUGGAUGCGAUGGUUUCCGCUGCGGUGAGAGCCGACGUCCUCGUUGUGUGUGCUGCUGGUAAUGCACAGCCACCCACAUUCCAACCGAGAGACGCCGAGACGACCUCGCCAGCACGUACCCCACUUGCCAUUACCGUCGCCGCAUCCGACGUCAAAGACCAGCUUGCAAGCUUUAGCAACUACGGUAGACUGGUCGAUAUCAUCGCGCCUGGCGUCGGUAUCGAGUCGACUUGGAUCGGCCCCAACAACAAUGAAACCAAGUCCAUCAGUGGAACUUCGAUGGCGUGCCCUCAUGUUGUGGGCGUCGCCGCCGCUAUCCUCAGCAACCCAAAGAUGGCGGACAAGUCUCCCUUUGCCGUCGCGUCAGAACUGCUCCGUCUGGCUGAUAAGAACAGGGUCUCUGGACUGGAGGACAAGAAGCGGAGGACUAUUGAUGCUGUAUCACAGGUGCCGCUUUUGGUCUGA